AUGUCGGAUUCGAAUUCGUCGAGAACAGAUGCGAGUAGCCUAAGCCUCUCGGGAAACUUACGAAAAUUUCGAUUCCAGAAGAAACAACUGAAACCACUGAACAUGUCGGACGAUGACAGUAAUUUGAUGGGAUCUGAGAUACAAUUUCGGCGUAAGGCUUUCAAUGUAAUUGAAGACAGCGACAGUGAUGCAAGCAAUCCUGUUAAAAAACCUAGUAGCUUGGAUCAUGCAGAUAAGGAAUUAUCCAGUAACAUGAGCUGGAACAGUGAUGAGGAAGAUACUAGAAAUAGCAGGAAAAGGACUAUUAAAGGCUCUUCUAGAACCAACAAGAAAAAAAAACGAAAAUUAAAUACUGAAGAAGAUGUAGAUAUUGAUUCAGACGAAGCAAGCUUCAAAGACAAAGUGUUUGAUAGCGAUGAAGAUUCAGAUAUAGAAAUAUCUAAUGAGCUUACGGCUGAUAAGAAAGCAGUUUUAGAAUUUAUGCAGAAUGCCCUUACAUCAGAGUUACUAUUGAUGUCUCAGUGUUCUCAGAAGAAAGCAAAUGCUAUCAAAGAAGCAAGGCCAUUUGAAGAUUGGAGAGACUUAGUACAAAAAUUCCAAAACAACAAAUAUCUAGAUACAGAGCUUUUGAACUCAGCUCAGGAAUUAUUGGCUACUAGACAUGCAGUGGGAGCUCUCAUGAAGAAAUGUCUCCGUUUGUCGACAAAUAUUGAAAAGGCCGUGGCUGCAAGAGCAUCGGCUAUCACAAGUCAACCCAAGGCAUUGUCCUCAAACUUAAAGUUAGCUCCAUACCAAAUGGUUGGAUUAAAUUGGCUUGCUGUGAUGCAUACGCAAAAUGUUAACGGUAUACUCGCGGAUGAAAUGGGUUUAGGAAAAACGGUUCAAAUAAUAGCUUUUCUUACAUAUUUGAAAGAGGCUGGCCUUAGAGAUGAGAAAGAUGGACCACAUUUAAUCGUCGUUCCUAGUUCGACGAUGGAAAAUUGGAACAAUGAAUUGGAAAGGUGGUCACCUGGCUUGAAGGUUGUACAAUAUUAUGGCACUCAGGAAGAACGGAAAGAGAUGAGAUUUGGUUGGCGUAAUGGUGAUUUGGAUGAUGUUGACGUAUUAUUAACCACCUAUAAUUUAAUUAGCAGUACACCAGAAGAACGAAGAUUGUUUCGUGUUAUGCCUAUUCAUUAUGUUGUUUUCGAUGAAGCUCAUAUGUUGAAAAAUAUGGGUACUAUCAGAUACGAGAAUCUCGUUAGAAUUAAUGCUAAGCAUCGAAUUUUGUUAACGGGUACUCCCUUGCAAAAUAAUUUAUUGGAAUUAAUGUCGCUCUUGAUAUUUGUGAUGCCUUCACUGUUUGCUGGCAAACAAGCAGAUUUAAAAAGUUUAUUUUCAAAGAAUCAUAAGACACCAUCAGUAAAGAAAAAUAGCGAACAGCCAUUGUUUGAACAAGAACAAGUGAAAAAUGCGAAGCAAAUCAUGAGGCCGUUUGUGUUGCGUCGACUAAAAACUGAAGUCCUUCGGGAUUUACCAGAAAAAAACGAACGCGUGAUUAAAUGUCCAAUGAUAGAAAAACAGCAGAAGAUGUACACUAAUCUAGUUGCCGAAUUUUCAGCUGAGGCUGAUCAAAGCACCGAAGUUAAUGGUAUUGGAAUGAUGAUGCAGUUAAGAAAAUUGGCCAAUCAUCCUCUUUUAAUACGAGAUUAUUACAACGAGUCCAAGUUAAAAGUAAUAUCGAGCAGACUGGCAAAAGAACAUUCGUACAAGCAGAAAAAUCCAGAUUAUGUGUUUGAAGAUUUACAAUGGAUGUCAGAUUAUCAGAUAAAUCAAUUGACAAGAACAUACAAGAGCUUAGCUGGACUGGGCUUACCUCAGGAACUCAUUGCAGAAGCUGGAAAGUUAAAGAUAUUGGACGAAUUGUUACCAAAGCUGAAGGAAGAUGGGCAUCGAGUAUUAAUUUUCAGUCAAUUCACCAUGAUACUAGACAUUUUAGAAGAAUAUUUAACGAUUAGAGGACGAACGUACUUAAGAUUAGAUGGAAGUACCCCAGUGACAGACAGACAGUUUUUGAUAAAUCAGUAUAUGGAGGAUGAAAGCAUAUUCAUAUUUUUAUUAUCUACAAAAGCUGGAGGCUUGGGGAUCAAUUUAACUGCUGCCGAUACUGUUAUAAUUCACGAUAUUGAUUUUAAUCCUUAUAAUGAUAAGCAAGCAGAAGAUCGUUGUCACAGAGUAGGCCAGAAAAGAUCAGUUAGUAUAAUUAGAUUAUUAAGCGGAGAUACUAUAGAAGAAGGCAUGUACGAAAUAGCUCAAGAUAAAUUACAUCUUGAACAGCAGAUUACUGGUGAAGAGGAGAAUGAAAGCACGGAUAAGAAGAGUGUAUUAAAAUUACUUAAGAUGACCUUAGGGUUGGACCACAAUAAAUCGUUAUCGUUGUCUCCGGUGAAGAAUGCGAAGACAAGUAAUGGGUUAUUGAACAGCGAAUUGAAUCAAUUGCAAAUUACAACAUAG